AAGUAGCCGCUGGGUCGCCCCGGACCCCUGCGCCGCGCCAUGUUCAAGAAACUGAAGCAGAAGAUCAGCGAGGAGCAGCAGCAGCAGCAGCAGCAGCAGCUGGCGUCUCAGACUUCCUCCAAUACUUCAACACCAACAAGAGAUAGAAGCAGGACAUCUUCAUUUACAGAGCAAGCUGAUGAAGGUACACCCAAUAGAGAGCUACUAGCCGGGAUGAUAGCAGAGCCUGCUUUUCUCUCUGAGUAUACUAUCUUUGCUUUGGAUUCCUCCAAACAGCCUAAAACACAGAUUGACAGUGUGAAUGCAUCUGUUCAGUCCACAAAAUUUUUGGACAGUGACCAUGGAAGUGAACCAGGGACUCCUCAGGCAGGUGACUCUCAGUCCUUCGUCCAGAAGCUCCAGCUCCGGGUGCCUUCUGUGGAGUCUUUGUUUCGAAGUCCAAUAAAGGAAUCUCUCUUCCGAUCCCCCUCUAAAGAGCCUUUGGUGCGGACGUCUUCCAGAGAGUCCCUGACCCGAUUUGACCUCGACUCUGAUGCUAUGGCCUUUGAUCCACCCUCGGAUCUGGAAAGCGAAGCUGAAGACUCGCCGGGGAAUUUGGACAAUCUCAGCAGAGAACAUCUCAUUCAGUGGUUGCGAAGAAUGGAGCGAAGGUUGAAGAACUGCAACGUCAAGUAUUCUGAGCUUGCUGCAGCUUAUCAGACUCUGCAGAGAGAGAAGAAAAAGUUACAUGGUAUAUUAAGUCAGAGUCAGGAUAAAUCACUUCGGAGAAUUGCAGAAUUAAGAGAGGAACUCCAAAUGGACCAGCAAGCAAAGAAACAUCUCCAAGAAGAGUUUGAUGCAUCACUUGAGGAAAAAGACCAGUAUAUCAGUGUUCUUCAGACCCAGGUUGCUCUGCUGAAACAAAGGUUACGAAAUGGCCCUAUGAAUUUGGACUUACAGACACCACUCCCUCCGGCGGAACCUCAAGCUGAAGACUCUCCUAAAGAGAGGCCCGAGAGUGAUACAGAACAAACAGUGGUGGAAGAUGAAGCUUCUGCUAAAACACUGGAAACACUGCAGCGAAGAGUUAAGCGCCAAGAGAAUUUAUUGCAGCUGUGUAAGAAAAAAAUCCAGACUCACAAGGAGCAGUGUACGCUAUUAACCAGUGAAAAAGAAGCACUGCAAGAACAACUAGAUGAACGACUUCAAGAACUCGAAAAUAUGAAGGAGCGUCAUAUGGCCGAGAAGACCAAAUUUAUCACUCAGUUGCGUGAUGCAAAGAACGUAAUCGAACAGCUUGAACAAGAUAAGGGUAUGGUGAUAGCAGAAACAAAGCGCCAGAUGCAUGAAACUCUAGAAAUGAAAGAAGAAGAAAUUGCUCAGCUUCGAAGUCGCAUCAAACAGAUGACAACUCAAGGAGAGGAGUUACGGGAACAGAAGGAAAAGUCUGAAAGAGCUGCUUUUGAAGAACUUGAAAAAGCCUUAAGUACAGCUCAAAAAUCAGAAGAAGCAUGGAGAAAAAUGAAGGCAGAAAAGGAUGAACAAAUCAAAAUGAUUGAAAAAGCAAGUGAGGAAGAGCGUCUCAGACUUCAACAGGAAUUAAGUCGAGUGAAACAGGAGGUUGUGGAUGGCACCAAAAAAUUCUCAGAACAAAUAGCAAACCUACAGAAGCUUCAUGAAGAGGAGCUGGCUAGCAAAGAACAGAAACUGACCACUAGCUUUCAGAAGAAAGAGCAGGAGCUUCAGCAGCAAAUGAAAGCAGCUCUUGAAAAAAGUCCGUCAGAGUAUUUGAAGAUCACCCAAGCGAAAGAACAGCAAGAAUUGCUGGCUCGAGAAGAGUUAGAGUUGCAGAAAAAAGCAAUCUUCGCAGAGGGUGAAAAUAAACUUCGGGACCUUCACCAAGAAGUAGAGGCUUAUAGAACUAGAAUUCUUGAAUUAGAAAGUUAUUUGGAAAAAAAUGUGCAAGAAAGCAAAAAUCAAUCAGAAGAUUUGGCUACUCAUUUGGAAGCUGAGAAAAAUAAGCACAACAAAGAAAUUACAGUCUUGGUUGAAAAGCAUAAGACAGAAUUGGAAAGCCUACAGCAUCAGCAGGAUAACCUUUGGACUGAGAAAUUACAAGUCUUACAGAAACAGCACCAGACUGCAAUGGAAACGCUUAGAGAAAAGCAUGAACAAGAGAAAGAGACAUUGUUGAAAGACAAAGAGAUUCUCUUUCAGGCCCACAUAGAAGAGAUGAACAAAAAGACUUUAGAAAAGCUUGAUAUGAAGCAAACAGAAGUAGAAUCAUUAUCUUCUGAACUUUCAGAAGUAUUUCAAGCCCGUGACAAGCUGGAUACGGAACUCUCUGUACUCAAGGAUCAAGCAGAGAAAGUGAAACAGGAAUUAGAAGCCAAAUUAGAUGAACAGAAAAAUCACCACCAACAACAAGUUGACAGUAUCAUCAAAGAACAAGAGAUAUCUCUCCAGAGAACUGAGAAGGCACUAAAAGAUGAAAUUAAUCAUCUUGGAAUUCUUCUGAAGGAAAAGGACAAGCAGCUGAAAGAGCAGCAGGUUCUUGUGGAAAACUUAGAGGCAGAAAUCAAAAGGUCUGAAGGAGAACUCCAACAGGCAGCUGCUAAGCUUGAUUUUUGUCAGUCCCACCAGAAUAUUGCAUCUGAGCAGACAAAAGCAUAUGAGGAGCAGUUAGUCCAGUUGCAGCAGAAGUUGUUAGACUUGGAAACAGAAAAAAGUCUUCUUACCAAGCAAGUCACUGAAGUGGAACUGCAGAAGAAAGAUGUUUGUACUGAGCUAGACACACACAAAAUCCAGGUGCAGGACUUAAUGCAGCAACUUGAGAAACACAGUAGUGACAUGGAAGCAAAAGUAAAAUCCUUAACCCAAUUCUAUGAGUCUCAGAUUAAAGAUAAUAAUAUAGAGCAACAACAGACAAAACAAAUCUUGAUGGAAAAAGAAAAUAUAAUUUUACAAAUGAAAGGACAGAACAAAGAAAUUGAAAUACUUAAACAGAAAUUGUCAGCAAAGGAGGACAGUAUUACUGUUUUGCGUGAAGAAUAUGAAACCAAAUUUAAAAAUCAAGAAAAAAAGAUGGAAAAAAUUAAGCAAAAAGGUAAGGAAAUGCAAGAAGCAUUGAAGAAAAAAUUGUUGGAUCAGGAAGCAAAACUUAAAAAAGAGCUCGAAAAUACUGUCCUAGAGCUUAGUCAGAAAGAAAAACAGUUCAAUGCCAAAAUUUUGGAAAUGGCACAGGCUAAUUCAGCUGGGAUCAAUGAUGCUGUAUCCAAGCUGGAAAUGAACCAGAAAGAACAAAUAGAAAGUCUGACUGAGGUGCAUAAAAGAGAACUGAAUGAUGUCAUAUCAGUCUGGGAAAAGAAACUUAAUCAGCAAUCCGAAGAACUUCAGGAAAAACAUGAAACCCAGCUACAGGAAAGAGAACAAGAGGUAGCUGAACUGAAGCAAAAGAUCCUCAUGUUGGGGUGUGAGAAAGAAGAGAUGAGCAAGGAAAUAGAAUGGCUGAAGGAAGAAGGGGUCAAGCAGGAUACAGUAGUAAAGGAGUUCAAGGAACAGUUCAACCAAAAGUCUGCUCACGUGAAUUCUCUCUUAGAAAAGGAAACUCAGUUGAAGGCCCAGCUUAAAAAGCUGGAAGUUGACUUGGAUCAUUCUUUGAAGGAAAAUGCUUCUCAGCAAGAACAUCUAGUUGAACUGAAGACAUUGGCAGAAAAAGAUAAACUUAAGAUUUCUGAGUUAACUGACAAGUUGAAAGCUACUGAUGAAGAAUUCCAGAGUUUGAAAGCUGCACAUGAAAGAAAUAAGAAAAGCCUGGAAAAUAAAAGCUUGGAAUUCAAAACACUAUCUGAGGAACUCAUUGUUCAGCUAGAUCUUUACUCUAAGGAAACUGAGGCCUUAUUACAAGCCAAAACAGAUGAACUCAUCAAUAGUAGUAGUACUAAAAUUAAUGCUCUUCUCUCUAGAAUUUCUCAUUGUCAGAACCGCACAACUAAAGUUCAGGAGGUCCUACUCAUGAAAACUCGUAAAGUUUCUGAUUUAGAGUCACAACUUAAACAGCUAACUGAAGAGUGGAAGACACUCCAUAGUUCUUUUCAACAGGCUUCCAAUCAGUUAGAAGAAAAAGAAAAUCAAAUUCGGAGCAUGAAGGCUGAGAGAGAAGGCCUUGUAAGAGAAAAGGAAGCUCUACAGAUGGAAGGAGGCCAUCAGCAACAGGCUGCCUCAGAAAAGGAGUCCUGCAUCACACAGCUGAAGAAAGAGUUAGCAGAAAACACCAAUGCUCUCACUUUGAUGAAAGAAGAGCUUAACGAGAAAAAAUUGGAGAUCUGUAGUCUGAGUAAACAGUUGACAGAUUUGAACGAUCAGCUUCAGAAUAGUGUCAGCAUAACUGAAAAAGAAGAAGCCAUUUCAUCUCUUAGAACAUGUUAUGAUGAAGAAAAACGUGAACUGCAGGAUCAGGUGCAAAAUUUAUCUUUGAAAACUGAAACUCUAAAUAAUGAGAAAAUAUCUGCUCUUGAAAGGGAAGAUCAUUUGUCCAAAAAAUUCUCAGAAUGGAAGAAGAAAGCCCAGUCAAAAUUUACACAGUAUCAAAACACUAUUAAAGAAUUGCAGAUGCAGCUUGAAUUAAAAGCAAAGGAAGUCAGUGAAAAAGACAGGACCAUCACUUUAUUGAAAGAAGACCUUGAUCAGCAAAAUAAAACAUGUGAAAGUUUAAAAAGUGAAAUGGAAGAUAAGAUGAGUCAGUUGCAUAAAACGGAGAGUAAUUUAGAAACUGAGCUAAAAACUCAAGCAGCAAGAAUUAUGGAAUUAGAGGAACUCGUUGCUCAUAAAACAAAUGAAAUUGAGUCCUUAGGUGAAGUUCUUAAAAAUGACAACCAACAAAAGGACAUAGAAAGGAAUGAAAUCGCUCAGAAACUCCAACACAUUCAAGAGUUAGAAAAAGAGAAGGACAAAUGGGUUAAGGAAGCUGAAAAAAAAGUUUCAGAACUUGAAGAGCAAGUGUCUUCUCUGAAAUCUGAACUGGAGACUACGAAGAAAGAAUUGGAAUAUGUAGAUUCAAGUAUGAAGGGAAAAGAACAGGAGUUCAGAGCAUUGGAAGAGAAACUGGAGUUAGAACAUUCUAAAAAACUAGCAGAACUGAAGAAAAAAGCUGAACAGAAGAUUGCUGCCAUCAAGAAGCAGUUAUUGUCUCAGAGGGACGAGAAAGAGCAGCACUAUAAAAAAGACACAGAAAGACAUUUGAAUGAGUUGCACAUAAAACUGAGGGAAAGAGAGGAUGCGAUUCAUAUAUUGGAAGAAAAACUCAAGUCAACAGAAAGUUCACCACCAGCAGAAAUGUCAGUUGUACCCAGAUCAGCAAAUAGCUUGGGAUGCGCCGAGCAGGAAGAUCUGGGUUCCCAAGGCUGUGUGCACCAGGCAUGUGAAGAAAAAAUCAGUGUUUUACAAAGAGAUUUAAUGGCAAAAGAAAAGCUGCUGCAGAAGCUAGAGCUAGAAAGAGAAGAGACAGCAGCUUCUCAUUCUGAAAUGCAAUGCAAAUAUCAAGAGCUCUUAAAAAAGAUAGAACACACUGAAGCAAAGCAACAGGAGGAUCAAGUUAUGAUCAGUCAUCUUCAGGAAAAAACUAUGUAUUCCUUGGAAGCUUCUCAGCAAGUAGAAGAAAAGGGAGGUAAAAAUGACAAAGCAAAACAAAACUUGGAAAAUGUGAAUGACAAUGUUCAGAAAGCCCUUCAGGAGAAAGAAUUAGCCUAUCAGAUGUUAGAGAAAAAGAUGAAAGAGCUUGAUUCAUGCUUGGUAAGAGAGAAGGAAGCACAUAGGGCUGAAGUGGAUGAGCUGACCUCAAAAUAUGAAAAAUUACAGGCUUUACAGCAGCAAAUGGAUGAAAAGAGAAGAUCCACAAAUACUUGGGAAGAAAGUGCUACUGAAAAGUCCAAAUCACUUUCAGCUCAGCCCAGAUUACAUAGUAACACAGGGACUGAACACAAUGACCUGGAAUUUAAAUUAGCGGGAGCAGAACAAGAGAAGCAGAAGCUGGGUAAGGAGAUUGUUCAACUGCAGAAAGAUCUUCGAGGUUUGCGGAAAGAGCAUCAGCAGGAAUUGGAUAUCAUGAAGAAAGAACAUGAGCAAGAAAUAGAGGAGAGAAUCAGACAGGAACAGGAAGAUCUUGAGUUGAAGCACAAUUCUACAUUAAAACAGCUCAUGAGGGAGUUUAAUACACAGCUGGCACAAAAGGAACAGGAGUUGGAGGUGACCAUCAAAGAAACCAUCGAUAAAGCCCAGGAGGUGGAGGCUGAGCUUUUGGAGAGCCAUCAAGAAGAAACAAAUAAGUUACAUAAAAAAAUCGCAGAAAAAGAAGAUGAUCUGAAAAGAACAGCUAAAAGAUACGAAGAAAUCCUUGAUGCUCGUGAAGAAGAAAUGACUGCAAAAGUGAAGGACCUGCAGACUCAACUUGCGGAGCUGCAAGAGAAAUAUCAGCAAAGACUCCAGCAAGAAGAGGGAAACCAAGGCCAGAAGGAUAGCAUGGAGGUAACAAUUAAGAAACUCCAGACACAGCUUGCACAGAAGACUACACUAGUCAGUGAUUCCAAGUUAAAAGAGCAAGAGUUCCAAGAACAGAUUCAUAAUUUAGAAGACCGUUUGAAGAAGUACGAAAAGAAUGUGUGUGAGGCAAAUGUAGAGAUAUCCUCUAAAGAUGGCAACUUGUUUCGUUCUCGUGGCUCACUCUUUGAAGAACCUACUGAGUUUGAAUAUUUGCGAAAAGUGCUUUAUGAGUAUAUGAUGGGUCGCGAGACUAAGACCAUGGCAAAGGUUAUAACCACUGUGCUCAAGUUUCCUGAGGAUCAGACUCAGAGAAUUUUGGAAAGAGAGGAUGCUCGGCCCAUGUCCUGGCUUCGACAUUCAUCUUGAUGAGCCCGGAAAGUGACAGUGGGCGAGAAUGAAAAUCUGAUCUUUGAGAAUGAAGCUGUCGUCUGGGGCCCCUCAUCGGACGAGCGAUGCUUGGACAUUGGCCCACAAAUACAUGCAGGCUGCUGCCAUUAAAGUAGAAAGAUUCAGUUUGGACGUGGGGACAGUUAUUACUUUUAAUUUCUUUAGUUGGGAUGGAUUUCCUGUUUAAAAUUUUUUUGAAUAGGUUCGCCUAACU